AUGGGCCAUUCAUUAUCUAAGGAACAGAGCUUUAUUAAGGAGUUCAAAAAUUCAUUCAGGGAAAGAGGAGUACGGGUUAAGAAAAAAGAUCUGGUAAAAUUUUUUUCUUUUAUUGAUGUUUCUUGUCCGUGGUUAGUAUUGACAGGUCCCGCCAUUGAUCCCCGUUCAUGGGAUAAGGUCGGGACAGAACUCAAUGAUCUUUUAAAUAAGGGACACGCCAUUCCUGAGUCUGUUUUUAGUUACUGGGCCUUGGUUCGUGAGGUAAUAGUCGGUCCUUUGAGGGAAACAGGAGGGUCUCACCUCCUCAGUCUGGUCUCUGAUUUCCUUCGCCUGACUAGGCCCCUUUCUCGUUCAAAUAUUGGAUCGCAGACUGACCCUCUCCCCCUCUCACCGACCCCCCAAAAAUCUUCCACUCCCUGUCCCUCCAUUAUUUUGGAUAUGCCUGGCCCCGAGUCCGACACUCUAGAUGAUAAAUCCCGGGCUCUCCCGGAAACACAGAAAUCUCUCUUCCCCGCUCUCACCUCUGCCCCUCCUGAAGAGCCCUCUCCUCUGGAACCUCUUGAUCCUACUGCUCAGGCUGAACUUGAUGCAGAGGCUGCUGCCUAUGAUCGUGACAGAUUUCCACCUGAUCUCUGGGAGCCUAAUAUCUACCUUUCUCGAGCCUUUAGAUAUCGUCCCCCUCCGUACGCCCCAGAGUCCUCUUUGAGCCUACUGCCUGUCUCUGCCUUACGUGACCUGUCUCGGACUAGGGCCGCCUUGCAGGCUCAGCUAGGAGGUCUUCGCCAGGUUCUUACCCUUCACCAAGAGCUUAAUGAUCUCACCUUGCAGGUUCAGGAGACCCAGGAGGCCUUAGUUAAAGGUUUCAAUCCCCGGAAUGCCAAAAAGCCCACUAAACAGAAGGCGCUCACCUUUCCCAUUUUAACCAGGUCUCGCGCCCAGCUGCUUCCAAACAGCCCACAGGCACCUGGCCUCGAUGCCGAGGGGGGACCACCGAAUGAGGAAGAAGGGGAGGAGGAAGGGGAAGAAGGAGAGGAUAAUGAGGCCGUGGCACCUGCACCCCCUGACUCCACCUCGCUGCCCUUUAAGCCCAUCUCACUGAAAGAUCUAAAAGAACUGCAUGCUGCAGUCAAAAAUUAUGGCCCCCACGCGCCCUUUACCCUUAAUUUUCUGGAAGGACUUGCUGAACCUGGCUUUCUAAUCCCAGCCGAAUGGCAUAAGGUGGCCCAGUCAGUCCUCUCCCGUGGGCAAUACCUCACCUGGAAGUCUGAAUUUUAUGAUAGGGCCGAACAUAUGGCAAGCAAAAACAGGAAGAACCCCCUCAGUCCCAUUGCCGCCUGGACGGCCGAUAAAAUCAGCGGCCGCGGGCAUUUUGCAGAUGAAGAAAAGCAGAAGAAGCUUCCCCCUGGGAUUCUUUCCCAAACAGCACAAGCUGCACUUACCGCUUGGAGAGCCGUUCCAUCCACAGGAGCGGUCUCUACACCAUUAACUAAGAUAGUACAGGGACAACAAGAACCCUUUGCUCAGUUUGUUGGACGACUGCAGGAAGCAGCAGAAAGAAUUCUUGGUCCUAACGAAGGCGAAGGGAUUCUAGUACGGCAUUUGGCUUAUGAGAAUGCCAAUGCUGCCUGUAGAGAGGCGCUUAGAGGAAAGGUUAAAGAUUUGGAACUCUCAGGCAUGAUAAAAUUGUGUAGUGACGUGGAUGGUUUUUCUCAUCAAGUUACAAGGUCUAUCAAUUUAGCCAUUGGGGCGGUAUUUCAGGGCCGGACAUUUACACCCCCUAAUACGUCUAAAUUUUGCUUCCGCUGCGGCCAACCAGGACACUUUGCUAAGGAAUGUCCUCAUCCACUUCCUGCUCCCCCCGUUCCAUUACAGGGGGACCGGCGAUCUCAACCACCCACCCUUUGCCCAAAAUGCCGUCGUGGAAAGCAUUGGGCCAAGGAAUGCCGGUCCUUAACGGACAGGGAAGGUCGCCUUAUUGUGUCUGGUUUUCCUCAAGGUUAUUCCCAGGGCCAGGGAAACGGGCGGAGGGCCCCUGCGCGGGGCCCUUACGUGCCUCACCCGCUCCAACAGGCUCCUCAGCGGUACCCAAUCCCCGCCCCGCGAACUCUGCUUCCCUCAUCUCAGGGACAGCAGGAUUGGACCUGUGUUCCUCCACCACCCGGAUUAUAA